ACGCGGCUUAGAACAAUGUUUAACUCAGUCAAUCUGGGCAACUUCUGCUCCCAGACGCGAAAAGAGAGAAGUUCCGAGUUCGGGGAGCGGGCAGGCUGCGCCUCCAAUCUUUACCUCCCCAGCUGCACCUAUUACGUCCCCGAGUUUUCUGCGGUCUCCUCGUUUCUGCCGCAGGCCCAUUCGCGCCAGAUCACCUACCCCUACUCCACGAACCUCUCACAAGUCCAGCCGGUUCGAGACGUGUCGUACGGGCUGGAUCCGCCGGGGAAGUGGCACCACAGAGGGAACUAUGCAUCCUGCUACACGGGGGAGGACCUGGUGCACAGGGAGUGCCUUCCGCCAUCAUCCACCAUGACGGAAAUGUUGAUGAAGAAUGAAAGCGUCUACAACCACCACCAUCACCACCACCAUCACCACCCCGGCUCGAACCACCCGAACGCGGGCUUCUACUCGGGCGCGGGCAAGAACAACGUUCUCCCACAAGGCUUUGACCGCUUUUUUGAGGGCGUCCACUGCGGACAGGAGGCUGGCUCGCUGGAGAACUGUGCGCAGAAAGGCGACACCGACAAGCCGGAUUCGGCACCUCCAGCCCUCCGUGGAAGCGGAGCCCCAGAGAAGGAGCAGGACAACGAGGAGGAGAACACGACGUCGGGCUCGUGCGCCUCCUCCACGGGGACAAAAGAGGACAACUCGUGCAAAAACGACCACUCCAGUACCCCACGGACGAGGAAGAAGCGAUGUCCGUACACCAAGUUUCAGAUCCGAGAACUUGAGCGAGAGUUCUUCUUUAACGUUUACAUCAACAAAGAGAAGCGGCUGCAGCUCUCCAGAAUGUUAAACCUUACCGACCGACAGGUCAAAAUCUGGUUCCAGAACCGGCGGAUGAAAGAGAAGAAGUUAAGCCGAGACCGCUUGCAGUAUUUUUCUGGUAACCCUCUUUUGUGAACUGUGAAUGGCGGAUAUGUAAUUUCCACAAAA